AAACUAGUGUCUAGGUUAAUUCCAAACAUAAGCAAGACUGUCCUAUCUCAGUCGGCGGCCAGCAAUCAAAAUAUGAGCAGUCAGCGAGGGCCACCGAAGCACCAAAACCGCUAUGCCUGGAAGCCAAACGCCGGCCGUAAAAUCAAUGAGACGGAAGUUGGAGGAAAGCUAAAGCCUUACUCUGAAAUAACUGGAGUUUGUCCUCGAUGUAAAGAACAAAUCGAUUGGAAACGUCGUUACGGCAAAUAUAAACCCUUAACGGAACCUGCAAAAUGUCAGCUUUGCUCGAAACGUAAUGUGCGUCAAGCUUAUCAUAAUCUUUGUUCCGGAUGUGCUAAGGAGCAAAAAGUAUGCGCUAAGUGUCGAUGUCAUGUUGAUCAGAUAGUUGGAAGGGACUCUAUGGAGGUUGAAGAAGAGCAAAAGAUGCUUGAGGAGGCAAUAAAGAAUGCUCGAGAGAGGGAUAGGAGGACACUAUUACGUGCUAUGAACGGAGGUAAAUCUAAAGGUUCAUCAAAUAUCAAAGCCAACAAGGAAAAUGGUAGGGUAGGUGAAAUUUUUCCGUCUACAUCACUUGAGGAAUAUGCCAAGCUAGGUAGAAAAGAUGGUGACAAUCAUGAUGAUUGCUAUGACUAUGGGACUGAUGACAUUAAUGACAACAGUGAUGAUAAAGAAAACGAUAAAAAUGAAGAUGCUGAGGAGGAUGGUGAAGACGAUGAAGAAGACCAAGUUUGUAAUUGAGAUGCACAUCAAUAGCUAUGUGUUUUAGAUGGGUCUUAGAUAAUCAGAGAUGCACAUGCUUCUUUUCACUUCAUUGGUCGUCUUUUGAUGAAGUUUUGAGAGAGAAGGAAUCUGGGAAUUCAUGAUCUGCAAUUAGAGUCUUUAACAUUUUUCUUAAACUUUGUCCAAACAUGUUCAGAUUAGCCAUCACUGUAUACGAGCAGUCUACAGCACCAUGUGUUAUGCUUCACAUCUUAUAUAUAUUCUUUCAUAACAAAGUCUGGUUGUUUAAAUUGACCAAGUAGUUUAUUUUUAUUUCUGGGGCAUUGAAAGUGCUUCCAAAUGUACUGAUCAGUGCCAGCCAAACAGGUCAUUGCUUCAACCGCAAUUAAACACCUCUUAAUCAGAUCAAGCCAUUAACGAAAACAAUGUUUACCACUUUGAGAUUAUCAAAGAUCCAAAGUUCCCAAGAUGUCCACAUUUACAGGGUGGAAGUAGUAUUUUGCAAGUCAAACACCUUGGGAAGAGCAAAACAAAAAGUAAAGAACAGGAAAAUCUAAUUUCUCUCUAGUAACAGCCAAGAUUAGUGAUAGUAAAGUGUAUAUAGAAAAAA